GAGAACAUCACCAAGCCAGAAAGUAAAUAAAACUAAUGGUGAGCUCAGAAGAGUAACUGAAUCGAGAGGAAGUCAGUGGGUGGGUAAGAGGCAUAUGCGGAACUCCCAUGCUCCAUUACCUGGGAGGAAAGGGGAACUUUUCGGAGUGGAAAGGGGCUAGUUGCUUUGCUUUCAACAAGAUGCACGCCGGCAAGAGAGAGCCUUUUGUGAUGGUCUUUCCUCCUCUGUAUACCACCAAGUGAAGCAAGGAAGAAGGCCAAACACACCCAGGUUGGGGCAGGGAGAAAUCCAGAGACCAAAGGUAAAACGGAAGAGGAAAUUUUGUCACGUGCCACAGAACUUCAGAAGAAGAGGAAGCAACCUUAUACAUGAAAUAAACAAGCUAAGAAAGUGGAAUAUCCUCAAUUGCAACAGGAAGAACUGUGCUCUCUGCUAAAGAACAGCCAGAGGUGGAGUAGUCCUUCUAGCAAGAAAGGGGAGAAAGGCAUAUUGGCAUUGUGUGGAAGACUGAUUUGAGAUCUAUCCCCCUGGGAGUUGACAGCUGCCCCAAUGCUGGAUCAUAGAACUAGGAUGGACAGAGCCAAGAAGGAGAGGGUGGAGCAGAUCCUGUCAGAGUUUAAGCUACAGGAAGAGGAUCUAAAGAAAAUCAUGUAUCGGAUGCAGAAGGAAAUGGACCGGGGACUAAAGCUGGAGACCCAUGAAGAGGCUUCUGUAAAGAUGUUGCCCACUUAUGUGCGCUCCACCCCUGAAGGUUCAGAAGUAGGCGAUUUCCUGUCUCUGGAUCUCGGGGGCACAAAUUUCCGAGUGAUGUUGGUCAAAGUGGGGGAAGGUGAAGAAGGGCAAUGGAACGUGAAGACAAAGCACCAAAUGUAUUCCAUCCCAGAGGAUGCCAUGACAGGAACAGCUGAAAUGCUCUUUGACUACAUAUCAGAAUGCAUCUCUGACUUCCUAGAUAAACACCAGAUGAAACACAAAAAGCUACCUCUGGGCUUUACAUUUUCCUUCCCUGUGAGACACGAGGACCUCGACAAGGGGAUCCUCCUGAACUGGACUAAAGGCUUCAAAGCAUCAGGAGCUGAAGGGAACAAUAUUGUGGGGCUGUUGAGAGAUGCCAUCAAACGGCGGGGGGACUUUGAGAUGGACGUGGUAGCAAUGGUCAACGACACAGUGGCAACCAUGGUGUCCUGCUAUUAUGAAGAUCACCGAUGUGAAGUAGGCAUGAUUGUAGGCACAGGUUGUAAUGCUUGCUACAUGGAAGAGUUACAGAAUGUAGAGCUGGUGGAAGGGGAUGAAGGCCGGAUGUGUGUCAACACUGAAUGGGGAGCUUUUGGAGCAUCAGGAGAGUUGGAUGAGUUCCUUUUGGAGUAUGAUCGUGUGGUGGACGAAACCUCGCUUAACCCCGGUCAGCAGCUGUAUGAGAAGAUCAUCGGUGGGAAGUACAUGGGAGAGAUUGUGCGGUUAGUGCUGCUAAAACUUGUCAAUGAAAAUUUGCUCUUCAACGGAGACGCUUCAGAGAAGCUCAAAACCAGGGGGUCCUUUGAAACUCGUUUUAUCUCACAGAUUGAAAGUGACCCUGGCGAUCACAAGCAGAUCUACAACAUCUUGAACUCCUUUGGGGUGAUACCUUCAGUAACAGACUGUGACAUUGUUCGUAUGGCAUGUGAGAGUGUUUCCACACGGGCUGCGCAGAUGUGUUCAGCGGGACUGGCUGGUGUCAUUAAUCGCAUGAGGAAGAGCAGGUGUGAGGAAACGUUGAAGAUUACUGUUGGAGUUGAUGGCUCUGUCUACAAGCUCCACCCCAGCUUCAAAGAUCGGUUCCAUGUAUCCGUCAGACAACUAACCCCGGGCUGCGAAAUCACUUUCCUGCAAUCCGAGGAAGGCAGCGGUCGGGGAGCGGCUCUCAUCUCUGCCGUAGCAUGCAAAAUGGCCUGUAUGAUGGGCCAGUGAAGUUUCGCUGGCAAAGGACCAUUGAAAGGGAAGCCAACCCACCCACCCCACCUGAGCGGUGCCUCCAUCCAGUGCCAUGAUGAGAGCACAAACAGCAGAAGGAAGGUUUCUCUUGGGGGGGGGGGGGAUAGAGCAAUACUGGGUUCCUCCAAAGCACCCCUAACCUCUAUCUGUAGACUACACAAUAACCAUGCCGAUUGCAGUCUCUCCUUUCUGUUUUUUAAAAUCUUCUCCACUAUUGCAAGGUCUGGAGUUUCAGAGUAUGCAAAAAAAACAUUUCAUUUAGUCUGACAGUAGGGUGGGGUUGAAGGAUGAGAAGGGAGUUAAUAUGUGUGUGUUUGCUUGUCUUGUUUCCUUUUCUGAUAUGCUCCAAAGAAGGGUUCUGGGCUAAACUGAAUCCAGUUGGCCCAAACAAUCAGAUACUGUUCCUUCCUCAACAAAUUAGGUUCAGGAGGGAAUUCAUAUCUUGUGCUUAUUCAUUAUUGGUGGCAGAAUGAUCAGCAGUGGCAGAGAAGGAUACUGAGUAGACCUCCUUAAUUUCCUGCCAGCUUCUGAGAUUUUUGGUGUUUUCACUGGCUGUUCCUUAAAUUCUUUUGUGAACAUGAACCCAAAGUAAUACGCUG